AUGUCUACCGUGCUGGAAACAAUUCCUAUAAUCCCCUCCUUCCAAAAUUCGACCUCCGUUGAUGCACUGGGGCGUUCCUCGGAGUCCUACGUUCAUCUCGAACUUCCCGUCGAACAUCCAGAGAAAUCCGAGGUAGUCUCUCAGCUCGAACACCAGCUUCUGCAGCUCGCAUCUCAACAUCAUGCUAGCGAGUAUAACCGCCUGAAGUAUGGACCAAGGGGCUCUCCCAUGACAUAUGUCCCUCUUUCAAUCAUGAUGCCCGACCAAGUCAAAGAGUUGCAGGAACACCAGGCCAGAUGUGCCGAGCAGCGGGCAUGGUGGCCCUGCGAGAAACGCGCCACAUCACAGAUCUCCAACCAUUCCUUUGACGACGAUCACGAAGAACGACCGCGCUCGCGCAACCCCCGUCUCAGUCGCUCAACAUCAUCUACUGAUCUGCGGCAGGAAUUGUCCGCUGCAAUGUCGUCGCCACUAGUACUUCCUCUGAGCCCUCCUGUAUUUCCUGAAGUUCAAUCGCUACCACAAAUAAAAACUUCGGAAAGUCACCCUAUCAACGUUUCCGCAAUUAUCCCAGUUGAACUUCUACGCAUCAUUUCGGCCCAUCUCGUCGAGCCUGAACAGCCGUCUGCUGUCAUGUUCGAAGUUCCGCCAGUCUAUUACCUCAACCGUAGUAUUAUGCGCACGUCUUCAGCGUCGCCCCACCCCCGACCAACAGCUCCCUCCAUACCGCUCGGAGGCAUGCGGUCCUUCACAGCUCCUGCAUGCUCACCGGCGUAUGGUCUGGUAAGGCCUACGAAACUAUCUCAUUUCUUCUGGUCGAACCCGACUGUGCGACGUGCCUUUCACAGUGCGUUAGGAACCAGCAUGAAGAGUCCGCACGUAAAGCGUCUGAGACCGAAACCGAUGAUGACAUCAGAUUCACCCUUUGGUGAUUCCUUGUCUGAAGGCACAUCCUCGGAAGGAUGCGAUGCCGAUCCGCCUGAUAUGCCGGCUGCGACGAUCGUCAGUAUCCGUGAAUGCGAAAAGCAAGAAACACCCCACUUUAUGAGACCGACGUCGGCACCUCCGGAGAUAGAUGGAGGUGCAGACUCAAAAGCAUGUACUUGUAACAAUCCUGUUGUGGACUUCCAUACUGUAUCUUCGACAUUCUAUACACCUGUUGAAUCCAUCGACUCUCCAUCGAGACCCGGCACUCCAGCUGUUCCAAUGUGUCAACCUGGGAUGUGCUAUCCGACGAUGUUGGGAAAUCUGUACUUGUCUUCUUGUCCAGGGAAAAAGGUCAGGCUAGACGGCCCGACCAAGGGCCGCAUUGGUGUGUGCCGUGACCUACGCAAAGAUCUCAUGAGAAUGAAGGAGUUGGGGGUGGCCUGUAUUAUUUGUUGUUUGGAUGACGAUGAACUGGGAUUCCUCGGUGUCUCAUGGGCGGAAUACGUUCACUUAGCCGAUGAGCUUGGCAUUGACAUGCUCCGUCUACCCACCCCAGAAGGUCUUGCGCCACCAGACCCGGCUGUGCUCGACGAGCAUUUGACCUACCUCAUCAAGAAAUUCACGCUACGUGGUUCACCGAUCCUCAUACACUGCCGCGGCGGCGUCGGGCGCGCAGGCCUCCUAGCCUGUUGCUGGAUCCUCAAACUUGGCCUCUGUGGGUGGAUCGAGACGGAGCCGCGGCUAAGCGGUGCUCGCGAAGACGCAUACCAGUCGCUGUUGUCUGACUCUGGUGCAAGCAUGACGGAGCCCGUGCGGCGAGAUACACUGCAGUUAGUGGAGCGCCUGAUCACCGUCGUGCGUCGGCGGAGGAGUCCCAAGGCCAUUGAGACGUACGAGCAAGUCAAGUUCCUCGCUGACUUCGUGGAGUUCCUCCGCAAGCGGACGGCCUCUGCGACGGUGCUCGACAGCUUUGUACCAGACUGGGACUUGCAGAUCGAUUGA